UGGUGCUCGCUCCCUCUAGGCGUCGGUUCUCUCACGCACACAGAACCAGAAACAAAAAUGGCCGAAAAGGAAACCGUGCAAAGUUCUCCAGGGGUUCUUGAAGAAAUCUUCACGUCGCCUCUGAACCUAAGUCUUCUGUGCCUUUGUGUGUUUUUGCUCUACAAAAUAUUUCUCGGGGACAAGCCUGCGGAAGUGGCGGAAGUCGAGGAGUCGCUGCCCAAACUGAAGAAGAGAGACUUCACUCUGGAGGACCUGAAGCCGUAUGACGGAGUGGCAAAUCCGAGGAUCCUCAUGGCUGUCAAUGGCAAAGUGUUUGAUGUGACCAGAGGAAAGAAGUUCUACGGGCCUGAUGGUCCUUACGGAGUGUUCGCAGGCAAAGACGCUUCCAGAGGAUUGGCUACGUUCUGCCUGGAGAAAGAGGCCUUGAAAGAAACACACGAUGAUCUUUCGGAUCUCAAUGCAACACAGCAGGAGAGUCUGAACGAGUGGGAGAUGCAGUUCACCAGCAAAUACGAUUACAUCGGCAAACUCCUGAAACCUGGUGAAGAACCGACGGAGUACACGGACGACGAGGAAGCGAAGGACAAAAAGAAGGACUAGGGCACGAGCGUCACCCACGCGUACCUCGUCUAAGCGACGCCUGGUGUAGUUGUCGACGUGUCCUGAUAAUUCUGGUUUCGCCCACGACUGUUCGGUCCGAACCGCCACGCCUUCACGUUCAGCAUGCCAUCAUUUACCUUUGCUAAGAUGAUUUCAUUCAGCAUUCAAAGCAGCAGCAGGAGCAAUAAAUGGCCUGAAUCUUGUACUAAGCAUUCUCAUGUAACCUGGACCACAAUAUUACUCUACCUGACUAUGCUUUGUCACCCGAUAUUUAAAAUGGAAACGAUUAUAAUACACUACAUCUACGUUUUAUACGAGAUUUUAUACACGUGGGGGGUGAUUUAUAAUUUCUACAAGUGUAGACCAAAAUCUAACAUUCCAUCACUGGGACUUUAAUAUGUUUUUUUUUUUUUUUUUUUAAGCACUUGUACCUGGAAAUACUUAUUAAAACCGUUUUUCAUAUUAUCUUCACCUUGUUUUUAUUUCUGCUGAUUCUAUUGGAAUAGUAGCUUACUGUCGAUUUACGUGUCUGUGUGAGAGACCGUUGUGUUUUGCAUAACAAUUUGAAUACGAGUGUAAUUUCCCAAAUCGAGUCCAUGCUCAGAAUAUGGGAACAAGUGAUACAAACUUUCUAAAUGUCUGCAUACGGAAAAAUUAAUUUUUUACAUUAUAUAAUAAAAACAAGACCAUGCUUCUUUUUUUUU